AUGGCGCAAACCAAUCUGCCGAGUUACUAUGCGCGAGGCCACUCGGACUACACCAUCGCAACCCACUUGAGGCGUAAGGCGGAAACAGACGCCGCCUUCCUGCUCCCCCAUAUCAAGGCGACAGACCAUAUUCUUGAUGUAGGCUGCGGCCCGGGUACCAUAACGACAGGCUUGGCAAAAUACGCCAGUCAGGGUACCACAAUUGGUAUAGACAUCUCAUCAGAUGUUUUACAAAAGGCCAAGGCCCUAGCAGACGAAUCCAAUGUACCCACUCAGGGGCCAGGCUCUGUCGUCUUCGAAGAGGGCAACGUUGUGGACGGGCUUCCCUAUCCUGAUAAUACGUUUGAUGUCGUCUUUAGCUCUCAGGUCCUCGGGCAUCUUCCACAGCCCGACUUACCACUCCGGGCGUUGGCCGAAAUGCGGCGGGUCUUGAAGCCGGGUGGUAUCCUAGCUACUCGAGACGGCAUGGGCAACCACUUUUACCCGCAGAGUUUUGACCUUGAUCGCCUCUGGGGAGGGAAUCAGCUUCGAGCAUCACGCAAAGGAGCACCUGAGACAGACCCUACUGCGACAGUAAUGCCAGCGCUUCUUCGCAGUGCGGGCUUCGAUGCCGACGGAGGGAAGGUACGAGUUGGUGCUGCGGCUGGUGUGUUUUCAGGCCCGGAAACCCGCAAACGAUUGGCCUGGCGUGCCGACGGCCAGUUGCAAAAAGGAGAUCCUUUUUAUCAGAGCUGGCUGGAUGCUGGUAUUACCGAAGAUGAGAUCCAGCAGACGCUACACGCCGUACGAAAGUGGGCUGACACGGAGGAUGCCUGGCUCGUGAUUGUGCAGUGCGAAAUGCUUGCGUGGAAAUAG